AGCUGCGUGCGUGCGGGGCGGGGCUUGGAGGGCCGCGUGACCAGCGGCGGGUCACGUGACGCGGUGCUUGGCGCCGGGCCUCCUAAGAUGGCGGUGUGCAUCGCGGUGAUCGCCAAGGAGAAUUACCCCCUCUACAUUCGCAGCACCCCUACGGAGAACAAGCUGAAGUUUCACUACAUGGUGCAUACAUCUCUGGACGUGGUGGAUGAGAAGAUCUCUGCAAUGGGGAAGGCUCUGGUCGACCAGAGGGAGCUGUACCUGGGCCUGCUCUACCCCACGGAGGACUACAAGGUGUAUCUUUCAGGGCAGGGUGUGUGUCAGGGAGGACCUACAGUUGCAAGAUGUACUUUAGGAUCAGAUAACUUGAAACCUUUGAGAAGAAAAAAAAAAGAGAUGUUCCGGAAGCUACACAACUCCUACACGGACGUGAUGUGCAACCCCUUCUACAACCCGGGGGACCGCAUCCAGUCCAGCAGGGCCUUUGAUAACAUGGUGACGUCGAUGAUGAUACAGGUGUGCUGAGUGAGCUGUGCUGCCAGCCAUCGCAGAGGAGCCCGCGUGCGACUGUGGUGGGGCCGUCGGUCUGUUCUCGUCACCUCUUCCUGAAUGGGACGCCUGGGGCUUUUAGGGCAGGCAGCUGUGCAUGUUCUGUCAACUAAAGGUCUUGUGAGAUGA